AAAAAGACACACAACAGAAACAUCCAACUUUUAAAAGACAAACAUAAUCACAUAUCUCCUGCCUUCUUCAGUUCAUCAUGAAUCUCUCCAGUUUCAUCAAUGAGACAGAUAGUCCCAUUCCUGGUUUCAUCUCAUGGAAGACAGCCAUGAUCACCUUCAUAACUGUUCCCCUGUCCCUCAUCACCAUCACAGGUAACGUCCUGGUCAUGAUCUCCUUUCGGGUCAACCCACUCCUGAGGACAGUAAGCAACUACUUUCUCUUAAGCUUGGCGGUGGCUGAUGUAAUUUUGGGCUCCAUCUCGAUGAACCUCUAUACUACAUACAUCUUGCUUAAUGGGUGGACUUUAGGCAAUCUUGCCUGUGAUGUGUGGUUGGCUGUGGACUAUGUGGCAAGCAACGCCUCUGUUAUGAACCUGCUGGCCAUCAGUAUUGACCGCUACCUUUCUGUCAUGCGACCUCUGACCUAUCGAGCUAAAAGAACACCCAAAAGAGCCAUGAUAAUGAUUUCUCUAGCGUGGACCAUCUCGUUUGUGAUUUGGGCUCCAGCAAUUUUGUUUUGGCAGUAUAUAGUUGGGGAACGGACUGUUCAGGAAAAUGAGUGUUCAAUACAGUUUCUGUCAGAGCCUGUGAUCACCUUUGGAACAGCCAUCGCUGCAUUUUACCUGCCAGUAAGUGUGAUGGUGGCAUUGUACUGGCGUGUGUAUCGUGAGACAGAGAAGCGCUCUCAGAAGCUGGCUGGACUGAUGGCGUCACAGGGAGGACGAACUGGAAAUGCAUCUCAGGUGGGUUUUACAGUAAAGACCUUGUCCAUUAUUUAUUUUUUUCCUUUAGUUUGCAUCACAGUGGGUAAAGCAUGACAUAAAAUGCUGUUGUUGAACACUUAAAAUGCUUUUUAUUU